AUGAGCAGCUCGGAAGAAGUGUCGUGGAUCUCCUGGUUCUGUGGACUCCGAGGGAACGAGUUUUUUUGUGAGGUGGAUGAAGACUAUAUUCAGGACAAGUUUAACCUGACGGGGCUGAAUGAGCAGGUGCCUCACUAUCGACAGGCGCUGGACAUGAUCCUGGACCUGGAGCCAGACGAGGAGCUGGAGGACAACCCAAACCAGAGCGACCUGAUCGAGCAGGCAGCAGAGAUGUUGUACGGUCUGAUCCACGCACGGUACAUCCUCACCAACCGAGGAAUCGCCCAAAUGCUGGAGAAGUAUCAACAAGGCGACUUCGGCUACUGCCCCAGAGUUUACUGCGAGAACCAGCCCAUGCUCCCCAUCGGGUUGUCGGACAUCCCCGGAGAGGCCAUGGUGAAGCUCUACUGCCCCAAGUGCAUGGACGUCUACACCCCCAAGUCGUCCCGGCACCACCACACAGACGGGGCGUACUUCGGCACCGGGUUUCCCCACAUGCUCUUCAUGGUCCAUCCCGAGUACAGACCCAAGCGGCCCGCCAACCAGUUUGUUCCACGACUCUACGGCUUCAAGAUCCACCCCAUGGCCUACCAGCUGCAGCUCCAGGCCGCCUCCAGCUUCAAAAGUCCCGUCAAGGCCAUCCGCUAA